AACACAUGUCGGCCAACGAGUCGAGGCGAGGCGCGCGCCGCAUCCUCUCCUCUCCUCCGCCACACAAACUCCGCUCCGCUCCACCGCCGGCCAUGGCUUGAGCCGACCGACGAUUCCCCUUCCCCUCCUCGCGCCGACCGGCGACAGCCAAUGGCGGCACGCCCGCCGCCCAGCCCGGCCACCACCCCUCGCCGCCACCACCACCUCAGCCCGUCUGCCAGGCCCGGCCGCCGCAACCGCCAGCUCACCCGCUGCUUCCCCGAGCCGCUCCCCAACCCCCCACCAUCCCCGAACCCCCCGAACCCGCUCCUCUCCCUCCUGACCGCCGUGCCCGACUGGGCGGACGCCGUGUCGGAGCGGCGCAUCCGGGAGCCGCGGCCGCUGUACACGCACGAGCAGUGGCGGGAGCACCGCAGCUCGCUGCGCCACCUGCGGCACCUCCUCUCCUCGCUCUCCUCCCGUGUCAUCCUCUCCCUCGUGCCGCCGGUCUCCGCCUUCACCGCCUUCGCCGCCGCCGUCGCCACCUACAACACGCUCGCCCCGGACUACGCGCUCACGGCCUCCUCCCUGCCCUACCAGCUCACCGCCCCCGCGCUCGCGCUCCUCCUCGUCUUCCGCACCGAGGCCUCCUACGCGCGCUUCGACGAGGGCCGCAAGGCCUGGAUGCGCGUCCUCGCCGGCGCCACCGAGCUCGCCGGCAUGGUCAUGCAUUCCUGCGGCGCCGGUGAGCGCGGGGACAACGACACCGGCACCGGCGCGCUCGUCAACUACAUCCUCGCCUUCCCCGUCGCGCUCAAGUGUCAUAUAACCAGCAACUCCGACAUCAGAAAGGACCUUCAGGGCUUGCUCGCAGAGGACGACCUGAAUGUUAUCAUGAGCUCAAAACACCGGCCUCGUUGCAUCAUCGAGUUCAUUUCGCAGAGUCUCCAGAUGUUGGAUUUCGAGGAGCAUAAGCGGAGCAUCAUGGAGUCUAAACUGUCUUGUUUCCUUGAAGGAAUUUGUGUGUGCGAGCAGAUCAUCGGGAUUCCUGUUCCUCUGUCGUACACGAGGCUUACUUCGCGGUUUCUUGUCCUGUGGCAUCUUACACUUCCAAUCAUACUAUGGGCAGAAUGUAAAUGGAUCGUGGUUCCAGCUACUUUUGUCAGUGCUGCCUCCUUAUUCUGCAUCGAGGAAGUGGGUGUUCUCAUCGAGGAGCCAUUCCCGAUGCUAGCGCUCGACGCGCAGUGCCAGCAGCUCCACGACAGCAUGCGCGACAUGAUGUCGGUGCAAGGCCUGGUCAGAAAGCAACUGGUCGCCAAGACCAAGGGCCACGGCAGAGGCGGUAGGCUCCCGCAGAACGGCUGGCCCGUCUCCAGCUCCAGGGGCGAGCAGGUGAAGGUCGACUGAUCGAGCUGGCUGGCGGCGAAUCAUGCACAAGCGGCGGUUGGAAGCAACCGAAGUGUCUGUCUGGGGUUUCUGGUGUGCGGUCCCACUUCCAGGUAGAUGAUGCUGCUGUUGCAACGAACAGCAGCUUCCCAGGUCCACCGUGUGAGAGUUAGCACCAGAUGGUCCAUUGAUUUGGUGUGGCUGAGCAGGGUUCCUGGGUUGAGUGAGCUGAGUGAAGCAGUAGAAUAAAGUGGUGAGGAUGUAGUGUAGUGUAGCCCCGGCCUCACUUGAGUUGGUAGGUAAGUAAGGUGUACCAGCAGCAGCAGCAGCAGCAUCUAGUGCAUGUAGUAGAAAUGAAACUGGGUCCCCAGCUUUGUAUAUAGUCCUGGUGAGCUGUUUAUUUGUCUGUAAGAGUACAAUUAGAGCACUGAUCAUAUGAAUGCAUAGCAAUUGCUACUUUUGUGUGUA